CAAAGCAGCAAAGCCGUUAGUAUAUUAUUAUCUAGGGUCGGGUCUCUAUAGUAUGUAAACAGUAUAAACUGUUAUCUCGAUUGUACCUAGCUUGACCUUGACCUUGAGGAAUAAAGAUAAGGAUCCAUGUCCAGCUGUUGUUUGAAAGAAUUGUAAAUUGGCAGACGAGAUCUUCGUGGUUAACAUAUUGGGUCUUGGUGCGGACAUUAUAAGCAAGGCUAAUGGCGUCUUCCAUCCUGUUUUGGGUUUUCAGUUUUUUCACAAUGAGUAUGGUAUGUCCGGCCUCUGGAGACUUUGCCACGAAACAGGAUCUGGAGGUCCUGAAAUACAGAAUUCAAUCACUGGAAACCAGUAAACACGACCUAGAAAUCAAAGUGCAGUCACUGGAAGCACAGCUGAAAACAAAAGAAGACCGAACACCCCUGAUUGCUUUCAGGGCGGGAUUUGCGCAGGAUCCGGUUCCGGUAAAAUUCCACAACGGUCAGAUUAUAAUCUUCGAUAAAGUUUACCGUAACGAUGGCAACUCAUACAACGAACACUCCGGAAUGUUUCACGCACCAGUUUCUGGACUAUAUUCAUUUACUCUGCAAAUUUUCCCAAAUGCGUCAGGCAUUUUUUUCGAAAUGGUUAAAGAUGGUAAAUUAAUAACAGUCUUACUCGUCAAAGGAGGAGAAACGGGAAGCGCACAAACAGUAAUGUAUCUCAAAUCAGGCCAGGAAGUUUGGGUUGUGGAUAUUUUCGGUACUAAUGACUCAAUACGUGGACACGAGUUGUCAAUGUUCAGCGGUUUUCUUAUUAGAGCCAGCAACAAUCCCCACAUUACGAACGGAGGGUCAUCCGUGGUGGGUUAGAACAGGGCCCGUGACUUUAAAAGUGUAGAGACAAGACUCACAUUUUUAAUGACGUCUCAUGCAUGCAAUUGGUAUGCAUGGUGUUGUCAUGACAUUAAAGUAUCAGACUCUGUCAGAGUCUUGAAUCUAGACUAAAUGGCCAGAACUGCUAAUAUUUCUAAUAUUUCAAGUCUUCAAUGCUGUCAUAUAUUAUAACCUAUUGCAGAAGGUCUAAUAAAAUAACAUUUGC